UCUCAGUUGGCUAGUCAUUGCUGUACUGUUUUCAUCCCACAUGACAAUCUGUGUGUGAACCACUAUUAGUAUUAUGGAUUAGCGUAUAAACCAUCCCCAACGACGCAGUAGCUCACUUGCUGGAUGGGUAAUCUAUGCUCCCCGUGCUGUAGAAGAAAACAGAAAGCGCUCCGUGAUGACGACCCGUCAAAUUAUGGUUCAGCGACUAAUCAUGGGAACUACGGGACGAAACAUGGCAGUGGUGUGGCCGGUUACUUUCCAAACUACCCCAAGGAUGCUCAUGUGGGUUAUACUCACUUGUCAGCUGGCCCACAGGUAGUGAACGGUGAGGUUCGACAUCCCCGUCAACAGUUUAACGAUAUCCAUGUGGGUCAUGCAGACAGUUCUGUAUUGGGUUCUAUGGGAGCUCCUGGUGACGGCAGGACCGGUCGGUAUCGGUCUCAGACAUCCCAAGGAAAGUAUGGUUUGCCUACAGAUCCAUCCGAGGCGAUACUUUCUUCAAUGUAUGCUCCAUCGAGCACAAAUAACUUGCAGCAUAUAUCAGAAAGAGAACCCGAUGACACUGAAGCGGACCCUUCACUCAACCCGGUCAAGGAAACCUUAUUUAUGCAAAGGUCGAUUCGAGAUGUUGAAGCAAGUUUCCGUAAACGACGCAGCAUGUACGACCGAAGUGUAUCGCGAAGUCGUCAACGAAAUGGGUGUCCACUUCAUCGAUCCAGUUCUUCUUCCACCGUUCGCCUAGAUGACUCCACUGUCACGCGGCCUGAUCCGAAAUCGACAGUCAGAGCUUUGUCGCAUGCGGUCUACUUGCAAAUAAAAAAUCGCGAUCGACGCUGUCCGAGUUCAUAUAUGCCAGAAAUUUUCGACGAGCGGCUGCAUCCCGUGCAGAACGAACCGGUUCCCCCAGACUAUGGAUCGCAUGACCCGGAUCAAAAGAAUGUCUAUCGUUUUAUUCGUAAUCUCUUCCAAAUGGCCCAGCUUUCUCCCGAGUGUGCAAUCGUCACCAUGGUAUACCUUGAACGUUUGCUGACCAGUGCCGAAACGGAGCUCACUCCAGCCACGUGGAAGCGUGCUGUGCUGUGUGCAAUCCUAUUGGCCAGCAAAGUUUGGGACGAUCAAGCUGUAUGGAACGUGGACUAUUGCCAGAUUUUGAAAGACCUUAAUGUGAACGAUGUGUAA